UAAGAAAUUAUGAAACUGCAUGAUUAGUCUUAUGCCAGGACACUACACUCAACCUUGCCCCGGCUUAAGUCUAAAGGAUGAAACAAGUUACCUUUGGAUCUCCCUAGUCAAGCCUCCUAUAAGCCACGUUAUUCUGAUGAAUCUUCAAUAGCCACACUGAGAGAUGAGAGAUGUUGCCAGCCCACCUGCUCCUCCCUCAUCAAGUCAUCACCCACACUCCCAUACACAGUCUCCUUGGUCUUAUUCCCCUAUUAUAAGGCCUGGUUUGUUCUGUAUCAUGUGUUAACAGAUCAGGCCGAUCAGCACCAGUGGACCUACAUGGCCUGUAAGCACGUACACCAGCCUGUCUGUUUGACUCCCUGUCAUCUCCCAUUCAUGUCCCAUCCGCUCUGCUUGUGCAGGUGUGCGGGUGUCAUCACAGAGCUGGGCACACAUGCAGGUAUAUAAGAGCAGCACACAGACAUUCAGGAGGUUGACAAACCACAGGAGCACAUUAAUAUCUGACUGUGACCAAACAUACAGGGUCUUUGGUCUGUGCAUCUUUUGAUUUCUGUGUCUAGGUUUUUCUUUGACUGCUUCAAUGUGCAAGGGGCUCUCCUCUCUGCCCUCAUCAUGCCUGGAAAAGGCAAAGGUGAUGCGUGUGAAGUUAAGCCACCUGUCUGACAAGCAGGACUGGGCACACCACAAACAAAAAACGUUGGAUGAAAAAGUUCUUCAGGACCUGGAGUCUCUGCUCAACAGCAAGAGCGGUCUGCAGGUGUUCCGCUGGUUCCUGCGCUCAGAGUUCAGCGAGGAGAACCUGGAGUUCUGGCUGGCCUGCGAGGAGUACAGGCUUUCCCCCUCUCACGUGCAGAAGGCCAAGGCCAGCAGCAUCUACAGCCAGUUCAUCUGCCCCGACGCCCCACAGGAGGUAAACUUGGACGCUGAGACCCGCGAGGCUCUGUUGAGCGUGAUGGACCGUCCCUCGGUGGACACGUUCACCCCGGCACAGCAGACCAUCUACAGCCUGAUGGCCAAAGACUCCUUCCCUCGCUUCCUGCGCUCCCCUCACCGCAUUGAGGCCACCAAGGCUUAAUAGACGGCCUGCUACCAGAUUACUAUCAUGUGGUUUAUUACAGUGGACUUGCAUUGGAAAUAAAUGCUGAUUAAUCUGUAUUUCUUGACAUGUUAGUUGUAGUUUUUCAUCUUUACUGACUACCUGGGUUUAUCAAUGUUUUUGAUGUGGUACGACUCUACAUUGUAUACAGGAAUGCUCAGAAUUAUCAAGAAC